ACUGGGAACUCUCCAGGCCAGUUGUCCCUUGCGAGGCCUGGGGGCAGGCGGGCUGCAGCUGCGGGAUGGGCCUGAGCCCGACCUUGAGGAGGGAGUAUGGGCCCAGCCCCUCUAGGUUUCCACUGUCUGGUCUCAAGUCCUCCUCCAGAACCACUAGUACCGGGUCAAGUGACGAUCAACCUGCCAUUGGACGUUCAACCGUGCUCCACUCAGGUUUAACAUCAUUUUCCCCUCUUGAAUUAGAAGAAACGGUGGAAUCGCAAGCUUUGGUCCAGUACUUGCCCAAGCAGUCCCAGCAGGACAUGUUAGAACAAGGCCAAAGUGUCCAACAGGGGGAGAAACCUGUAAUUAACUUGGAGACUGCACUCAGCCCAAAGAGACCAGAGUUGAAGUCACCCAAGCCUGAGAGUGAAGGCAAGUUAGAAAAGCAAGCAGCUGAGGUCAAAAUAAGACCGAGACCUGGAGACCUGAUUGAGAUUUUUCGAAUUGGCUAUGAACACUGGGCCAUCUAUGUGGAAGAUGAUUGUGUGGUCCACCUGGCUCCGCCAAGUGACGAAUUUGAGGUCGGCAGUAUCACUUCUAUCUUCAGCAACCAUGCGGUGGUAAAAUAUAGUCGCCUGGAGGAUGUGCUUCAUGGCUGCUCCUGGAAGGUCAACAACAAGCUGGAUGGGACAUACCUGCCCCUGCCGGUGGACAAGAUCAUCCAGCGCACGAAAAAUAUGGUCAACAAGAUAGUGCAGUACAGCCUGAUUGAUGGAAACUGUGAGCACUUUGUCAACAACCUCCGAUAUGGCGUGGCCAGGAGCCAGCAGGUGGAGCACAUCCUGAUGGAAGGUGCAAAGGCUGCAGGUGCAGUUAUUUCAGCUGUCAUGGAGACCAUAAGGCCCAAACCUCUAACUUCCUGA